AUGGAUACUCUUUACGAACGUGAACGAAGCGUAAAUAAUGGUCACUUGUGCUGGAAAACUUCCAAAAAUACGGAAACAAUAGCAAACCCAAAGAAAAUAGCAGAGUUUAAGUGUAAUUGCAAAUUCCUAUGGCUUAAAGAAGUUCAUGGUCUUAGCGCGCUUAUGAUGGCGAAACAGCUAAAAUUUCCAACUCUAGUUUUUUGUCCCAAAUACGGUGAUGCUCUUCAUUUGGAACCACUGCUUCAAGAUAUGCGAUUGAGAUUAGGAUUUGUGGACGAAGAGGUUGGUUACGAUGUUCUUCGCUAUUUGAUUGCAGGAAGUGGAUUGGAUAAGGUUAAAUUGGGCAAUUGGAAUGCAGCGUAUAUACUUGAGCUGAAUAGUCUUUACAAAAAUUGGCGUGGUAAUCGAACACAGGACCAAAUGUUCGAUUUUGUUUUCAACGAAAAUGGUUACACUUGCGCUGAGAUGUUUCAAGAGUGCUAUGCUGGUUCAUUGGAGCUAGAUUGUUGUAAAGUAUUUGAGCCAACGUUUGUGAUGAUGAGAGGAAGGUGUGUUUGUGCCGAUAUCACUUUGCGGGAUUGUCAAUGA